AUGGUCGCCUAUCUGCGUUUGUUGCCCAUUUUGGUUGACGAGAGUCUGACUGGAGGCAGUUGGGAGUAUGUUCCCGGCGCCUACAUCAUCGAGUAUGAAGACGGUCAUGAAAAUGAGGCAUCGCUAUUCAGCGACCUCCACACUCGUGGACUACCGGCCUCAAAGCGGAUGAGCUUAUCGUAUUCCUUGUUUAAAGGAGCCUCCUUUCAACUGGACGCAGUCGAUUUAGAUCCUCAUUCCGCUUCCACCAAAAUCGCAUCCCUUACCUCAGUAAAGAAUGUGUGGCCCGUCCGUCACCUUCAGCACCUAGGAAGCGCCAAAUCUAGAGUGGGAAACAAACAUUUCAACAGCUUAGACAGCCUAUCAGAACAUUGGUCCAGAGCAACGGCAGUAAACGACGCUGAUUCAUAUGCGCCACAUGUUAUGACCCAAGUGGACAAGCUACACGCAGAAGGGUACACCGGCAAAGGUAUUCGCAUCGGCAUUGUCGACUCUGGAGUUGACUAUAACCAUCCUGUCUUAGGGGGCUGCUUCGGCCCUGGGUGCAUUAUCAGCUAUGGAAUGGACCUAAUUGGGGAUGCCUUCAACGGCACCAACACUCCCGUUCCUGGCCCCUACCCCAAGGAUUGCCUUGGCCAUGGAACGCACGUCUCUGGGAUUAUUGCCGCCCAAAAGAAUCCUCUGGGCUUCAUUGGUGCUGCGUAUGGCGCAACGAUCGGCAUGUACAAGGCCUUGGACUGUGAGGGUAGUUCCUCCAACGACGUUCUGAUUGCCGGUUUCAACCAGGCAUAUGAGGACGGAUCGGAUGUUAUUUCUCUUUCCGUCGGAAUCAUCUCUGGCUGGAAAGAAGAUCCGCUCGCAAUCACAGUAUCCCGGAUCAUCGACGCCGGUGUGCCUUGUGUUAUUGCAAACGGUAACAAUGGCCCUGGUGUUUUCACCUCAGCUAGUCCUGCAGCUGGCAGCGGAGUCAUGAAUGUGGGAUCCAUAGAGAACACUAUGACGCCCUUGCUGGGGACCGAAGGCUUCACCAGCUUGGCAAGUUCUUCCGAUAACUUGACCUCCUUUGUCUGGAUUCCUGGAACUCCCGCGUUUCCCAAUAUCACUCUGCCGUUUUGGGCUGUGACUCCCAAUGUGACUACAGAUGGCACCUGGAGCGCCUGCAGCCCGCUGAAUGAUGAUGCACCUACAGACCUCAGCGAUAAAAUCGUUCUCGUGGAGCUGGAUGACUGCGGGGACUCAACUAUCGCAGACAACCUGUCGAAGAAUAACGCAACAUAUAUCAUGUUCUAUAACUCUGAUGACGACCUAGACAACGUCAGUACCUCUUCUAGUACUCUCGGUGCCGGCAUGGUUGCCCUGCAGCAAGCUACGGAAUGGCGAGAUCUCCUGGGAAACGGCACAGAACUGUAUGCGACACUGGUUGAGCCUCAGUCUGCCAGCCUUGCCGCGGGAUAUUAUCCAAACGACUCCAACGGCGGCUACGUAGAUGACUACUCAAGCUGGGGUCCUACAUGGGAGGCAGAUCUGGAUCCUCACAUCUCGACACCGGGAGGCUCGAUUCUUUCCACUUAUCCGUUGAACCAGGGAGGAUAUUACGUCGACUCUGGCACCUCCAUGGCAGCACCUAUCAUGGCUUCAAUUUAUGCCUUGAUUAUGCAAGCCCGCUCCAUCAAAGAUCCCAAGACUCUCAUGAGCUUGGUCUCAUCUACAGCAAAGCAGACGAAGUAUUAUGACUCGUAUCUGGGGAUAUUUUAUGAUGGACUUGCGCCUGUAGCGCAACAAGGUGCCGGUUUGGCGCAAGCCUAUGAUGCAGUUCAUGCAAUCACCUCUUUGAGCGUAUCAAGCUUCUCUUUCAACGACACAGAUCACUUUGUCAACAGUACGGAUUUUACAAUCAAGAAUGGAGCCAGCCGAGCAGUUAUAUACUCAAUCAGUCACACGCCCUCUAGAUCUAGGGAUACUUACAAAAUUGGGCAGUCCAACCCGUCACAAUCUUCAAACUCAAGCGAUAUCGCAGCGACUCUUGCUUUCUCCGAGGCCACGAUCACAGUUCCAGCAGGUGGAUCAGCCAAGGUGACAGUCAAAGUAACUCUUCCCCAAGGGCUCACUGCAGCAAACCUCCCCAUCUAUGGCGGAUACAUUACCUUGAAUGGUUCUACUGGCGAACAUCUAGUCAUUCCAUAUCUCGGAGUGGCUGGAAGCCUUGCAAAUACUCAGAGCAUAGAUCCUUACUAUAGCUUCAUUUACCAUACUUCGGGUCGCUUCCCCCAGGCGGCCCCUGACAACGACACAUGGACGAUACCUUAUCCUACACUAGGUAGUCAGCCCUCCGCAUCAUCAUCGUCAUCUGUCGACUAUCCUGCGCUGGGGAUUGAGGCUGAUUCUGGUAUUCCACUGAUGAGAGCAGACAUCAUUCCUCUUGGCGGUACACCAGCCAAAAUCACGAAAGUUCUGGGAGUCGAUGUAGCCGGUAGCCUUUUUGGGUAUCCCGUGCAAUGGCUGAAUACGAAUAUUCAUCAAGUCGCGUUCAAUGGCAUAACACAAGAGGGCACAAUCUUGCCAGAAGGGAAUUAUGCCGUACUACUACGGGCGUUGAAGAUUUUUGGAGAUGCAAGUAAUCCUGAUGACUAUGUCACCAAACAGACGCAAUCAUUCAACAUCAAAUAUACUUCGACGAUGGCAUAG